AUGGCUGAAGAGAACAAGAGUAUUAAUGAAGUCUUGGCACCGGUCGAAAAGAUAGUUGAGGCUUUAAAGGAACUUCAAAAUGACAUCGACUUUCUUCCUCCGUACCGUGAAGAAGUAGUGAAAGGUUGUGCUGAAGAGAUCAGGAGGUUGUAUGCUUUGAAUGAUGAGGCAAUGUAAGUUAUAUUAAGUUAUUUUUAUUGAAUUUUAGAAAAAAUGCGAGUGACACAAACUCUCCAGAGUUUCAAAUAAUUCGAGUACGACAGACGAUGAUGGAUCGUCUCAAAAGAUGUUGUUUGGCGUAUCUGAAUGAGAGGAUACGGCGAAUUAAAGAGUUUAAAUGGACACAUGCUGGAGCAUUAUCAACAGUUUUACAGGUUUGUUUAUUACUUUAGGUAUAAAUGGACUUUACUUUCUAUUUUUUAUAUUGGAUUUGAUUUGUACAUGUUUUUAAUACAUUUAAGGGAAGUUUUUAAAACUAAUCUUUUGUUUUAGGCGAAUAUGUCAGACAAAGAAAGGGUUUGGCUUAAAGAAUACACAGGAAGUUUGUUUUCGUAUCAACAAAACAUUGGAAGGACUGAAGAUGACGAUACAGAUGGCGUGAACUUGACCGAGGCUGUAAAUCCUCCUCGUAGCAAUCUGGUUCCUGUUUGUGUGCUUAAAGAUUAUGGCGAUAUCGAGACAAUCGAUGGGGCUAUAGUCAUAAUGAAGGAAAAAACUGUUGUAAGUUUAAUCUUAAACUUGGAUAUCUUUAUUUAUAUUAUUAUUAAAUACCAUUUAUUAUUAUUUGAAUUUAUAAAAUUAUCAUAGCUGGCAGUAGCAGUUAUACUGUAAGUUUCGAAAAUUUUAGCAUUGCAUACCUCGAAUCGACAUAGAGCCGUUGAUCCGAAAAGACAUAAUCAAACUCGUCUGA